UUUUUUUUUUUUCUCUCAUUUGUCUCCACUUCUUUUUAUAAAUAUAUAUAUAUAUAUUUCAUAUGGGAUCUGUUGUAUCUACUCUACUUUCAGUUGCAUUUACUUAUCUUUUAUCACAGGUGGUAAGUCAGUAUAUGUGGGUCAAUAAACAUGCUGACGGUAGACCUAAAAGUCCCUGGGCUCCUUCUCCUGCAUCUUUACCUUGGUUAUGGAAUGGUCUUGAAGACUAUCAACUCAAAGGUUCAAGUAUUCUCUCAAAAUGGGCAAUGGAAUGUGGUCACUUCUUCUCCGUUCGAUUAGGUCAGAAACGAAUUUUGGUACUUAAUGAUGGUCCUUUAGUCAACCAACUUUUAGUAGAUAAAGACCAAUACAACUCAUCAAAAAUACCAAAUGGUGGAUUUGAAAUGGCUUUGACUGAUAAUGGGAAAACUGUUUAUGCUGCUCCUUUUAGUCUCUAUUGGUCUCGGAUUCGACGAUCUGUAGCUACAACUAUCAAUAAUUCACCUGCAACUUGGUUCAGUACAUUAUUUUCUAAUCAAAGUGAAAAACUUGUACAUGCCAUUGCUCAAGCAUGGAAUCAACAAGAGAAUGGUGGAAAGGUGAACGCGGAUCAACUUCGGGGACUUGUAGAUUUGGUUGCAUUGGAUACAGCAUUGAUUAUGGUGACGAAUCAAUCUUCAGUGGAUCCUGAGGAUAUGGUCAGAUUAUUGGAUAAGGUAGCCAUACUGGAAGAAGAACAAGCUAAGCCAUUGGUACAAUACUUUACGUUCCGUAUCCCGGUGAUUCCAUUGGUCAUAGCGGCCAAGAAUAUUUUAUUUGGUGAUGCAGCUGUCAGACUUCGAAACGAAUUAUUAAAAUAUUUUGUUGAUUGGACUUUGAAUACUACAGAUUUGGAUGAUGACAAGGAAGAACAAAAACGUCCUUUAUUGGCUAAGGUGUUAGCUGAUGUGAAGCCUUCUAAAAAUGACCCUGAACCAGAACAACUCAAGCAAGAUGAAAUCAUCCUUAACCUUAUGCACAUCACUCUUCAUAGUUAUAAGUAUCUCUCCACCAUCAUUUUCAGUAUGAUACAACGUUUGGCCACUUUACCUGGAAUGCAAGAUCGAUUACGAGGUGAUCCUGAAUUUGCGGCUGCUUUUGUCAAGGAAUCUUUACGGUAUGACCCACCUCUUCGUGCUUAUUCUCAUUCUUCUCGCGUGGAUCAAGAUGUGGAUGUCGAUGGCAAGAAAUAUCGCGUAGACGAAGAUUCCGAAUUGGUUGUCAACUUGGAUACGAUUCAUUUCAAUUCUGAUUACUAUGUGGAUCCUACCAUCUUCAACCCUGAUCGCUUUUUACCAUCCUCUGCUGCUGGUCAGGUGAGGAAGACCGUCUCCAUUCUCGACAACAAUCCUUCUCGCUUACCAGCUCAUGAUCAUCUAGCAUUUGGUGUCAGUCGUCGUCUUUGUCAAGGCUCUCGUAUAAGUGAAGAGUUCCUCAAGGUAUUAAUACUUCAAUUGGUACAAGCCUAUUCCUUCCAUGGUGGUAGUACGGAUCGCGUGCAUAGAAUAAGUGGUAUCUGGUCAUGGUUCGGUAGGGAAGAGACCAUUGGAACAACCAUCUUCUUUACAAGCAGAUCUUCUUCCUCUUCUUUAUGAUUCUGACUUUACAAGUUUUGAUUGGGUGGGGAAAUUUUGGACAAGGAAAGACAAAAAAAAAAAAUGUAGUUAUUACCUUGGGGGAUUAUAUGCUGGUAUUAGUUUUAGUGGUGAAAAAUCUUGUAUUAGUUUAGUAUUAUUUUAUUGUCGGAUGAUUCUUUUAAUUAUUUACUAAUAAAUAUUCUGACAUUGUAUUGGAGAUCUUUCU